AUGGGACAGCUGAUAAAGCCGACUGUGGAUGCGGUGGGUUGGACUUAUGGUCUGGUUUCUGUGCUAGUCUUCGUUGUGGGAGGUCUGACUAACAGUUUCACUCUGGCCUACUUCUUCUCAAAGUCAAAGAAAGGAGACAUUGCCAAUCUCCUCUACUCUAACAUCACCCUUACAGACCUCCUGCUCUGCAUCAUGUUGCUACCUGUGGGAGUGUCCUUCUUGGAGGAAGGCACCAGCUGGCUCAGCGACCAUACAAUAUGCAAUGUAUGGGGAAUGUUCUGGACCAUUUCCAACCAGAUGUCAAUCUUCCUAAUCCUUACUUUCAACGUUUGUCGGACGAAGGCACUCUUGUUCCCCUUUGCCAAAAACUCCAUGGCUGUGGUGAAGGGGGUGAUAUGUCUUUACAUUCUGCUGAUGGUCAUACAGGUUUGUCUCCCCUACUUUUUCAAGUCUUCCUACUCCCUCAACUCAGACUUUCUGAUCUGUCACUGGGACUACCAAGGACUCUUUGGAAAAGAUUCUCAAAAAUACUGGAUUAUAUUUGGCCUAUUUAAUAUAGUGGAGAGAGUAAUCCCUUUUAUAGCAGUGCUACUGAGCUGUUGUAUCUCCUACGUCCUUCUGAUUGGACAACAAAGAGCAGAGACAGAGGACCUUGAUGUGCAGUGUCCUCAGAGGGAGAUAAACUGGUGGGAGAGGCUCUUCUGCAAGAAACGAGCUAUCAACAACCUCAACAAAGUUCGCUUCAGGCAGCCUCCUGACAAACUGAAGUUGCGAGCAACUUACACCAUCCUGCUGGCAACUGUGAACUACACCGUCCUUAAUCUUCCCAAUGUUAUCUACAUGAUACUGGCUUUCUCGGAUCUGCUAAGACCGGAAGGAGCAACCUCCCUGCUAAGUUUCGACACAAAAAACCACUUCGUGACCUUCUCCCUGGUGAUGUGUGCUGGACUUCACGCUGUGGUGACUCCUCUGAUUUGGUACUGGAGGAUGGCAGGUCUUAGGAAGUUCUACAAGGAGACGCUGUACAAAACAGCUACUCUGUUCAGAUGUUUAAAGGAACAGGGGAGACGGCUACCAUUUUCCACGAGGAUGUCUAACACCAACGGCACUUCUGAAGACGGAGUGAUAGCUAACCCCAUGGUGGGUAUGGUAUCCAAUGGGACCAUCACAAACCGCAGGAGUUCCAUUGUCACGACAACGAUAAACGGCCCCGAACAAAGACAGUCUACAACAACGAUAAACUUGACAGAACAAAGACAGUCAACAGCUACCAACCCCCCGCUCGGCAAGCACGAGGAUUGA